AUGAAGGUCACCCAGCUCCUCGCCCUCAUGGGCGCCGUCACCGUCUCGCUCGCUCAGUCCCUUCCUCCUGCUCCCACCGCCUCGGUCGGCUGCGAACCUCACGGUGACCAUUGGCACUGCGAAGGUCCCGCCGAGUCUGGCGCCGCCGCGGAACCCUCCCAUACCCACUCUCACUCCGACGACGACGAUCACGAGCACGAGCACGAGGACGACGACGACCACGACCACGAGUCCACCCACCCGGACCUGCCUCCCUCGCCGACCGCAUCUGUCGGCUGUGAACCCCACGGCGACCAUUGGGACUGCGAAGGCCCUGUCGAGACCGAUUCUCUCGCUUCUGCCUCGGCCAGCGCUACUGGCAUUGCCGACGACCACGAACAUGACCACGACGACGGGCAUGAAGACGACGACCACGAGUCCACCCCCCACCCGGACCUGCCUCCUUCGCCUACCGCCUCGGUUGGCUGCGAGCCCCACGGCGACCACUGGCACUGCGAGGGCCCCGUUGCUUCUGCCACUGACGAGGGCCCCGUUGCUUCUGCCACUGACGAUGAGGCCGCCGCCGCUAGCAGUUCCGUGGUGGAUGACGACUUUUCUGGCGCCUCCCAGGUUGUUGCCGGUGCUGGUGUCGCUGUCCUGGCUGCCCUUCUUGCCCUCUAA